GUCCAGGUGAGGCCACGCCCCCACUUCAGGCGCUGGUGUUGAGUCAAUCAGACAAAUGGGAAAUCUGCAGCUGGGAGGGGAGAGCAGCCGCCGCGCUGGUUAACACAGACUGAAAGUGCUGCCGUGACACUCGGCCCUCCAGUGCUGCGGAGAGGCAGAGCAGCGCGCAGCACCUGUCCGCCGCAGCCGCCCAGAGCCGGGACGCGGGCGCCGAGCGGCCGUGGAUCAGCAGAGAACCGCCGAGGCGCGCGUCAGUCCCCAGCCCGCGAGGGGCCGCGGAGGAAAUGUGGACUGUGUAGAGAGAUGAGCCAUAUUUAUCUCCGAUGUUGGAUAUUUGCUUGGAAAAACGUGUGGGUACGACCUUGGCUGCCCCAAAGUGUAGCUCCAGCGCUGUGAGGUUUCACGGGUUGGCAGAGGGGACCGAGGGGACCAUGAAAAUGGACAUGGAAGACGUGGAUAUGACACUGUGGACAGAGGCUGAGUUUGAAGAGAAGUGUACAUACAUUGUGAAUGAUCACCCCUGGGAUUCUGGAGCUGACGGAGGGACUUCGGUUCAGGCAGAGGCAUCCUUACCCAGGAAUCUGAUUUUCAAAUAUGCCGCAAACAGCAAAGAGGUGAUUGGAGUUGUGAGUAAAGAAUACAUACCAAAGGGAACACGUUUUGGACCUCUAAUAGGUGAAAUCUACACAAAUGAUACAGUUCCCAAGAAUGCCAACAGGAAAUAUUUUUGGCGGAUCUAUUCCCGAGGGGAGCUUCACCACUUCAUCGAUGGCUUUAAUGAGGAGAAGAGCAACUGGAUGCGCUAUGUGAAUCCGGCGCACUCUGCCCGGGAGCAAAGCCUGGCUGCGUGUCAGAACGGGAUGAACAUCUACUUCUAUACCAUUAAGCCCAUUCCUGCCAACCAGGAGCUUCUUGUGUGGUAUUGUCGGGACUUUGCAGAGAGGCUUCACUACCCUUAUCCUGGAGAGCUGACAGUGAUGAAUCCCACACAAACACAGAGCCAUCCAAAGCAGCAGAGCACUGAGAAGAGUGACCUUUGCCCAAAGAAUGUCCCCAAGUACAGUGUGAAAGAAAUCCUAAAACUGGACUCCAACCCCUCCAAAGGAAAGGACUUCUACCGUUCGAACAUUUCACCCCUCACUUCAGAAAAGGACGCUGACAACUUCAGGAAAAACGGGAGCCCUGACAUGCCCUUCUACCCUCGGGUCGUGUACCCGAUCCGGGCCCCUCUACCGGAAGACUUGUUGAAAGCAUCCCUGGCCUAUGGGAUGGAGAGGCCCACGUACAUCACUCACUCUCCCCUCCCCUCCUCCACAACACCCAGUCCCUCGGCAAGAAGCAGCCCCGACCAAAGCCUCAAAAGCACCAGCCCUCACAGCAGCCCAGGGAACACCGUGUCACCUCUGGCUCCUGGCUCUCAAGAACAUCGAGACUCUUACCCCUACUUGAAUGCGCCCUAUGGCACCGAAGGUCUGGGUUCUUAUCCUGGAUACGCGCCUCCCCACCACCUCCCACCAGCCUUCAUCCCCUCCUACAAUGCUCACUACCCCAAGUUCCUCUUACCCCCCUACGGCAUGAAUUGUAACAGCCUGAGCACCGUGGGCAGCAUCAACGGCAUCAACAACUUCGGCCUCUUCCCCCGGUUGUACCCCGUCUACAGUAACUUCUUCGGUGGGGGCAACCUGCCUCACCCCACGCUCAACCCGGCCACUCUCCCGAGCUCACUGCCCUCGGAAGGAUCUCGCAGGUUGCUUCAGCCCGAACAUCCCCGAGAGGUGCUGGUCCCAGCACCCCACAGUGCCUUCUCCCUCACCAGGGCUGCUGCCAGCAUGAAGGACAAGGUGUGCAGCCCCACCAGCGGGUCUCCCACUGCGGGCACGGCUGCCACGGCAGAACACGUGGUGCAGCCCAAAGCUACCUCAGCAGUGACGGCAGCCCCCGGCAGUGACGAAGCCAUGAGUCUCAUAAAAAACAAGAGGAACAUGACUGGCUACAAGACACUUCCCUACCCCCUGAAGAAGCAGAAUGGCAAGAUUAAGUAUGAAUGCAACGUUUGCUCCAAGACUUUUGGCCAGCUCUCAAAUCUGAAGGUCCACCUCAGAGUGCACAGUGGAGAACGGCCUUUCAAAUGUCAGACUUGCAACAAAGGCUUUACUCAGCUCGCCCACCUGCAGAAACACUACCUGGUACACACGGGAGAAAAGCCACAUGAAUGCCAGGUUUGCCACAAGCGAUUCAGCAGCACCAGCAACCUCAAGACCCACCUGCGACUCCACUCCGGGGAGAAGCCUUACCAGUGCAAGGUGUGCCCUGCCAAGUUCACCCAGUUCGUGCACCUGAAACUCCACAAGCGCCUGCACACCCGGGAGCGGCCCCACAAGUGUGCCCAUUGCCACAAGAGCUACAUCCAUCUCUGCAGCCUCAAGGUCCACCUGAAGGGGAACUGUCCCGUGGCCCCCACCACAGGGCUGCCUCUGGAGGACCUGACCCGAAUCAACGAAGAAAUCGAGAAGUUUGACAUCAGUGACAAUGCCGACCGGCUCGAGGACAUGGAGGACAACAUGGAUGUGAUCUCUGCAGUCGAGAAAGAAAUUCUGGCCGUGGUCAGGAAGGAGAAAGAAGAAACUGGCCUGAAAGUGUCUUUGCAAAGAAACCUGGGGAACGGACUCCUCUCAGGGUGCAACCUGUACGAGUCGUCCGACCCGUCCCUCAUGAAGUUGCCUCUCAGCAACCCACUACCUCUGGGGCCUGUCAAGGUCAAGCAAGAAACAGUCGAACCCAUGGAUCCUUAAGAUUUUCAGAAAGCAACAAAUGUUUUGUUUUUGUUUCUUAACUUAAGACUUGGCGAGUCAGGGCGCCUGUAGCAAAUUACUUGUACAUAAACCCAGUUCCCCAGAGCUCUCCUGGCGUCAGGCGGCUUCCCUGUGGCUCUGGAAUUAACGAAGGAACUCCAAAGUUACUGAAAUCUCAGGGCAUAAAUGAGGCAAAGACAAUAUAUAUAUACAUAUUAUAUAUACUUAUUUACACCCUAUCUAUAUAUUUGAACCUGUGUUGUGAAUAUGUUUGCAUAGCCUUCCCAUUGCUAAGACUAUUGCCUAGCCAUAAUUAUUUUUUCAAUGAUAAUCCUUCAUAAUUUAUUAUACAUUUUAUCAUUCAAAAAGCAAUAAUUAAAUACGUUUACAAUGACUGGAAACAAUUCCUUAUAAUUUGAGUGUACAUGUUAUAUCUCUGUCUCAUGGCCAUGCUUGGUAGACAGUUCUGCACAUCUGCUUGAGUCCCUAAGAUUCAGUGAACAAAUACGUCACUUCAGUCAACCUCCUCCCUCUGUGAUCAUGGUUUGAAAAUGAGGUUUUGGUAUUGCCAAAGUUAUGCAGUAGAUGUGUUAAUUCAUAGGAUCAUGUUGUCUGAACAGCAUUUGUAUAACUUGGGGGUAUGUGUGCAGAAUUACCCAGUAAUAACAUCAAGAGAAUAACUAAGAAAGGGAAUCAUGUAUGUUUUUGUAGAUAGUUCAGUUUUGUUUCUCCCAGCCACAGAUUUACUAGAAAGGUCACAAGGCUUUGCCAACUGUCUCCCUUUCCAAAAAACCAGGGUCACCCCACCCCCAAAGUCAUGUUACCAUCCCAAGUGGCGAUGUGACUUUUGCAUCCCACCUUAUUAACUGAAAAUGUGAAGAAGACAAAUGCCAUGUUUAAAACCACUGCAAACCCUUCCGAAGGCACAGUGUGUGUGUGGGAUCUGGAGGCUUGUGUCUGGGUCAUAUUUUCAUUGUUGGAGUUUUAUUGUUAUGUCAAAAUUGCACAAACGUGGUGCUCUACCAGGAAGGAUUUGAGGUAGAAAGGCUCAGGCCACAUUUUAAAACCAAAAACCAAAAAUAAAAACGGGUAUUCUCGUCUUGGGGUAAAAGCGGGUAAUGAGCAUUCCUAUCCCCAACACAUCAAUUGUAUUCUUUCUGUAAAGCUCAGCGUGUCCUCAGUAUUUGUGUUUUUACAUUUUAUGGUUAAUUUAAUUGAAGAUGAAAGGGCAUUGCAAAGUCGUUCGACAACAAUUACCUCAUUGCGUGUGUCCAGUAGAGCAGGAGACGAUGCCUUAUCUCAUGGUUUGCUACUCUAGACGAACGGAGCGUGCUCCAGGAUGGCAGAACCGGAGCCGCCCUGUCUUCUACUCUGCUCAGCCCAAAGGUUACAUGUCGGCAUUCAAGGUGUAGCGAAGAAGGGUGUAUAUUUAUAAAUCUAUUUAUACCACUGUACCAUGUGUAUAUAUAAUAUAUUUAUAACCACUUAAAUUGUGAACUAAACCAUGUUAAAAAAAAAACCCUACUUUUCCUAAGGGUGAAAAAAAAGAAAGAAAACAAAACCCUUUCUGAAACUUCGUUUAACACUCGAAGACCUCACAAUCAUAUUGGUGAGCUUGGGCACCCCUAACUCUUGUAAGAGACCCCAAAACCUUGGUGCAAAGGUGGGGAUUGCAUAACAACCAGGGAGAAAGACACUGUUUUUCUCACUGUUGAGGAUGACCUAAGAUGGCUUUCCUUUUGUUUUGCCACGUGAUGAUUAUGAGGUUACACUGAGGUUGUGGAAAUGAAAAUUCAUUACUGCCCCUUUACCAUAUAAACUUCUCACCCUCCUUUCUAAGGGUGCUCUAUCACUAAGCAAUCUGGUUCAUACGUAUUGAACAUUUUGUUCAUGGCAACUAAUGUUAACCUGCAGAUGAGAAAAACAAAUUUCAGAUAAUCUAGGGAAACCUAAGAGCCUUAUUGAUCUGUUCCUAUAAGUAGCAAAACUGACAAUUUUUAUGUAUCAAUGUUUGACCAACACAGUCCUUAACUGUAGGUAAACCAAAGCAUCAUCACACUGACAGUGCCACCAAGUACUUUCUUCUGUCCCCAGUGCCCCUGUGUUCGCUCCCCCCCCCCCCCCGGCUUUCUCAUAUGUAGGACUCCCAACAAGGCCUGCGCAGCGGCUUGGGGCUUCCUGCUUCUCUGCUCCGUCUGGCUUUCCUUCCCAGGCCUCUCACAUGUGAAAUGUUGAGCCCACAAUCAACAGUGGUUUUAUUUGUUUUUCCUCAAAGUUAAAACUGACCAAAGUGAUGGGCUUUUUUCUUUGCUAGAAUGACAGACUAUCUUGUGUUUACAUACGGUUUACGUUGUUAUUUAUGUGCAAAUUGUCAAAAUGUAAAUUAAAUAUAAAUGUUCAUGCUUUA